AUGUCGUCAGGAAGUGUGCUGCACCACUGGAAUGAAAUCUACUACUUCGUGGAGCAGCUGGCUCAUAGAUUCAUCAGCCCACAGCUAAGGAUGUCCUUCAUUGUCUUCUCUACUCGAGGGACAACUUUAAUGAAACUAACUGAGGACAGGGAACAGAUCCGACAAGGCCUAGAAGAGCUCCAGAAAGUUCUGCCAGGAGGAGACACUUACAUGCACGAAGGAUUCGAGAGGAUUCUGAAUUAUGUCUUGGCAUAUUGUCAUCCAAGAUACAGGACAGCAAGCGUCAUCAUCGCGCUAACGGAUGGGGAGCUACACGAGGACCUCUUCUUCUACUCAGAGAGGGAGCACAUAGUAACUUUCAUAAGUCUUCCAAGUUCAUGCCUGACACAUCUCUGCACGUGUUUGNGUGUCUGUCUCCAGUUGGCUCGGAUUGCAGACAGUAAGGACCACGUGUUUCCUGUGAAUGACGGCUUCCAGGCUCUGCAAGGCAUUAUCCACUCAAUUUUAAAGAAAUCCUGCAUCGAAAUUCUGGCGGCUGAACCAUCCACCAUCUGCGCGGGAGAGUCCUUUCAAGUGGUCGUAAGAGGAAAUGGCUUCCGGCAUGCCCGCAAUGUGGACAGGGUCCUCUGCAGCUUCAAAAUCAAUGACUCAGUCACACUCAAUGAGAAGCCCUUUGCCGUGGAAGACACUUAUUUGCUGUGCCCAGCACCAAUCUUGAAAGAAGUUGGCAUGAAAGCUGCACUGCAGGUCAGCAUGAACGACGGCCUGUCCUUCAUCUCCAGUUCUGUCAUCAUCACCACCACACACUGUGUCAAGUAAACAGUCUAUCCAUCAAAACAUUCAUCAGAGUCUGUCUUCGUGAUGAAUAAUCCAUACUGCAGCUACCAACACAGGGCCUCCUGGUGAGGGAACUUAACCCAGGGAAGAGGCCAUCAUAGCAAACGGAACCAGUGAUAUNGUAUUAGGACCACUGUGUGGAAAACCAGUACUGUGGGCAGGUGGUCAAAGUGAGACUCUGGGAACAAUAGCCAGCCCUUGCCCUCCGAAGCUAUGACACAAAUGCUCCGGUGGGAAAGACACCCUAAAGUUAAAGAUUGUACAGUUUGGGGUACAAUAGGUCAUAGGACUUGCAAAAUGCCCCCUUCAUCCUAAAGACUAGCAUUUGGGGUUCCUGGCCAGCCUCUCAGUGGCCCUUCCUGCAAAGCCAAGCCAGACAGCUUGUUCCAGAAACACUAAGAGCAUAAAACCAGAGACACUGAAACUUAUAGAGGAGAAAGUGGGGAAAAGCCUUGAAGA